CUCCCUUCUCUACCCUAAAAUACACAAACACGCACGCACACUCUUCUGCAUAAACCUCUCUCUCUCUCUCUCUCGCUCGCCAUGUAAAACACAUCUCCGAGAGAGAACCUCUUCCUCUGAAAGCUCUCAUCUUGGUGACUCCUGCGUAUUGGGUUUUCACUUCGCCAUUGUCAGAAACCUCUGAGACCCAAUAGUAAGAGACGAGAAGAGAGUAUCCAUGGCGAAGAAUCUUGUCUGUCGAGAAACCAGCGAGACAUGUCGCAGUGACGACGCCGACGACGUUGAUGUCGACUCUUCUGUAAAGUUCAGCCAUGAAAUCUUUAGUAAAGACGACAGCUUCGACUUCACCGGAUCAAUUCCGUUGAUGGGUUUUCCAUCGUUGCUGGGCGAAGACAGAAUCAGAGAAAUGUUGGAGAGAGAGACUGAAUUCCUGCCCGGAAAUGAUUACCUUAACAGAUUGCGUGCUGGGGACUUCGAGUUGUGUGUUAGAAACGAAGCUCUGGAUUGGAUUUGGAAGGCUUGUGAUCAUUACCAUUUUGGACCCAGAUGCAUAUGCCUAUCCAUGAACUACUUUGAUCGGUUCUCGUCCUCCUAUAAAUUGCCAAAAGACAAUGCUUGGGCUGUCCAAUUGCUUGCUGUGUCUUGCUUAUCGUUGGCAGCGAAACUGGACGAAACAGACAUACCUCAAUCCAUUGAUCUGCAGGUAGGAGAUCCCAAGUAUUUGUUUGAGGCUAAAACGCUACAAAGGAUGGAACUUUUGGUACUGAACACAUUGAAUUGGAGAUUGCAAGCUCUAACUCCAUUCUCCUUCAUAGAUUAUUUCUUGAGCAAAACCAGUGAUAACCCAUCCGAGAAUUCAAUCUCUAGAUCUUCAGAACUCAUAUUAAACACCAUUAAAGGAAUUGAAUUCCUAGACUACAGGCCUUGUGAGAUAGCUGCUGCAGCUGCAAUGGCCGUCUCAAUUACAGGAGAAAUGAAAGAUGCUGACAAAGAGAAUGCAAUUUAUAGUCUAACACAUGUGAAACAGGAGAGAGUUGUGAAGUGUCUAAGAAUGAUGAGAAGAAGAGGAAGAACAGAAGGGGAAGAUGCAUUACCAAAGGAACAGAGGCUGUCAUUGCCAUUGACAAGGAGCCCCAUUGGAGUGCUUGAAGCAAAAUGCUUCAGCUUUAGGAGUGAAGAUUUGACAGUUGGGUCUUGUACAGAUUACAGUGGUAACCAAUGAGAGAGAGAGAGAGAGAUUGCUUCGCAGCCUCUAAUCCAAAAGGAGGGUCAUGAAAUUUGUGGUUUCCUUUAAAGAAAAGUCAUGAUCAACCAGGAAAAAAAAAUGAUUGGAAAAUGUGAGAGUAAAAGAACAAUGGCGAACAGAAGUUUAAGAAAAACAUUAAAUGGACUAAUAAAAAUACUCCUCCGUUUCA